UCACGUGGGAGAGAAGACUCGGAUCGCUGAGAGGCAAGCGCGCUUGCGGUUGCUCUCCACUCUCGCCCCCAUCUCCUCGUCCCCGCCUCUCCUCGAACCCCCUCGCACACCGGCCAGCCAUGGCACGCAUGCCGGGAGACGACGGGUACUACUCAAACGCUUUCCACCACAUCCAGGCCAAACAGUCAGUAGUCAUCCCCAAUCAUCGUCCUCCGUCUCCGACCAGGAACUUACAGGACCGCCAGGCGCCCGGCGUCCCUGCGCCGGCCGCGCACAUCCCACCAGAUGACGACUUCUACGUGCGCGAUGCGCAUACCGGUCGCGAUCGCCCCAAUGUCGAGUACCUGAGGCAACACUUCUUUCGCGAAGGUCGCCUAUCCCACGAGCAAGCCAUGUUCAUCCUGGACCAAACUACGGAUCUCAUGAGUCGAGAACCGAACAUGCUCCAAGUGCCAGGCCCCGUUAUAGUCUGCGGAGACAUACACGGGCAGUAUUAUGACCUCAUGAAAGUAUUUGAAAUCGGCGGCACCUUCGACGAGAAUAACUACUUGUUCUUGGGAGAUUACGUCGAUCGAGGCUGUUUUGGAAUCGAGUGCCUCCUCUAUCUCUAUGCUCUCAAACUAUGUUACCCCAGACGACUAUUCCUGCUCCGUGGAAACCAUGAGUGCAGGCACCUAACGGAAUACUUUACAUUCAAACGAGAAUGUCUACACAAAUACUCGCCGGCGAUAUACGAUGCGUGUAUCCGGUCCUUCCAGGCGCUCCCCGUAACAGCGCUCGUGGACGGAAAGUUCUUCUGCGUGCACGGCGGGAUCUCCCCGGAGCUCGAUACGCUGAAGGAUCUUGAGCGCAUGAACCGUUUUGAGGAGCCUGCUUCCAAGGGGCUACUGUGCGACCUACUCUGGGCCGAUCCGAUCCCAAACUUCGGACAUGAGACGGAACCCACAUACGACAAUCCACACGGGUUGCCACUCGGGGUUCCCUUCAUUGAUAACCACACUCGAGGCUGUAGCUAUUACUUUACAUACGAGGCGGCGUGCAAGUUCUUGGAACGCAAUCAGCUACUGGGUAUAUUCCGCGGCCACGAGGCUCAGGACGCGGGAUAUACGAUGCAUCGCAAGACACCGACGAAGAAAUUCCCGUCGGUGAUCACGAUCUUCAGCGCGCCGAACUACUUGGACGUGUACCACAAUCGCGGCGCCGUGAUCAAGUACAAGAACAAGAACAUCACCAUCAGGCAGUACAACGCGACGUCGCACCCGUACUGGCUGCCGAACUUCAUGGACGCGUUCACGUGGUCGCUGCCGUUCGUGGGCGAGAAGAUCACGGAGAUGCUGCUCGCGAUCCUCGCGGUGUGCUCGGACCAGGAGCUCGAGAGCGCGUCGAGCGAGGAGGACGACGCGGAGCGCUCGCGUGCGCUCGACAGCGAUUCCGACAGCGACGAUACGCGCACGGUCGCGGACCUUGCGCUCACGCCGAACGAGAUCUCGGCGCGCAGGCAGGAGAUCAAGAACAAGAUCUUGGCUGUAGGGCGUAUGCAGCGUAUCUUCCAGCUCCUCCGAGAGGAGUCGGAGAACGCGACGGAGCUCACGCCCGCCCCAAUGCCCGGCGGCCUCCCCUCGGGCACCGGCACACCCACCGCAUGGCCCGGCGGGUUCCACCCCACGGGCGGCGCGCCGGACGCUUUGGGCGCGGGCACGAACAUGCGGCGCAUGAUACGCACGUUCAGCGACGCGCGCGCGUCCGACAUCGCGAACGAGCGCAUGCCGCAGUUCGACUACGCGGCGUCGGGCUCGAUGCCGCUCGUGCCCGUGCCGAGCAUGCGCAUGCCCGGGCUCGCGCUCGCCAGUGGCGGGCAGGGGCACGUCGGGGAGGAGGCGCCCCCGGAUAAUAGGAGGAAUAUGGAGGAGCUGAUUAAGAGGGCGUUGGAGGAGGAGGGGCUGGGCGAUGGCGGGAUGGUGGAGAGACUGGCGGAUCGGAUCGCGAGGGGGAAGAAGUCGUCGAGGCCGAAGGCGUUGAAGCGGUUCGAGACUGCGCCGUGAGGGAAUGGAUGGAUGUGUGGUGUAU